GAGCCGGGGACUCCGCGGCGGGUCGGGGGCGCCUUUGGUCGGGCAGCGGCGGCGUCCCCGCUCCGCACCGGGCUGACUCGUUCGCCCCCGGGCCGCUCCCCAGCUCCGUCCCUCCGUGCGGGGCUUGCAGCGGGGAGGAAGCCCGUUGGCCUCCCGCUUCGGAGUGCUGUCCGUGCUCUCUGCUGAACCCCGGCGGCUCUGGGCACUGCGGGCGGCCGGGCCCUGUCAAGGCGCGGCCGAGUUUCUUACCGGGGUUAGCUCGACCGCAGCCAGGGGAUUUGGAUAGGGUGAAGGUCUCGUUCUGCACAGGAGUGAGGAGUUUGGGAGGCGUGACUGGCCGGGACGGGCACUGAACCCAUGUGAACCUGCCCCUCUGGCUGUGCCUUGCUCCCUUUUUGUCCUCCCCACUUGUUAUUUCCCUGCCUAGUGCUUUCAUUGCACCCAGAGGGAAUGGAGAUUUUUUUUUUUUUCCAAAUAAAUUCCAGUUAUUUUCUUUAUUACUGCAUAAGCAAUUCUCACUGGUUUUGAGGGGGAAGGAAGUGGGAGGUGAGGAGGAAGGAAAUGAAGAUAUCUUGUUCCCCUAGUUUUGUUACAGCCAUUUAUUCAUUAUUGGAAGUGUUGAACCUAAGUAAACAGGAACUUGGAGGUACUGGUCAGUUCUUCAUCUGUGGCUUCACAUCAGCUGGAGGCUUUGCUUCUGGGUCCUUGUUUCUUGUCACCUUGUCCUUGUAUGGAGGGGCCUGGAUAUGAGAAGUGAGAUGUUUCCAAAGGGAUAGUUCCUAAAGCAUAUGAUAACUCCCUUUCUCUGUGGGUCUUCUGCAGCUUGCAGGUCUUCAGCUGCAGGAUUUUGAGCACAGGAAUAUUCCCUGACCUCAGGAACUUUGGAAUAAAACCCUUCUAUGAGAACACCUCUAAAAUGGAUGGUAUAGCUUCACAAGCUGAGAGGAGUCCUAAAAGCAUUCCUAGGGCUUGGUGUUGUUCCAGUUGUCUCCUUGCCCACUUGAGAGGGCUGAGCUGGGGUCUGUGGAGCUGUCACUCAGCCUGCCAGCUCUGUGUCUUACCUCUGCCUCAAGCUGGCAGUUACCUGGCAGCCCUUAGGCAGCACAGCUGUCUUGCCAAUUGCAUUUUGUAGUUGGGGAGCGGAAACCACACUGUGAAGCAGGCUGUGUGGCUCAAGAAUUAGAGUCUGGCUGUUCUUGGGAUAAGUUGUUGCAGAAUGAAACGGGAAACACUGUUAUUCACACAGAUCCUCCAGCUGGGUUGUUUGUACAGACUGUAUAAGACCCUUAUCUUUUCUUAGCAGUCAUUGCAACUCCUAAGAGCCUUACAGAUAAAGGCAUUCAAAGGUUGAGAAUCCUUCAUCUUUGGGUUGUGGUGUUGCCCACCCUCAGGAACUUGCUGUAUGGGAGCUCCUGUGGGGUGUUGAGGUCAAGAUAGACUGGGAAUUUGCAUAAGAACUUUAAGUGUGAAUCCUAGUAUCAUGGUGAAUUAACCUUAAUAAUCACUGUUUACUGGUGCUAACAACAUCCCAGCUUCCACCUAUCUAGCAAAUAACUGUGUAUUUUCUUGGUCAACCAAGAUAAGACCACUGUGGGAAAGAUAAGCCUUAGCAUGAGUGGCAAAACCCCUUUCUGGCCACGCAGAUAGAGACAGCUGUGUCACCCAUGGAGGACUGGGUUGGAUAAGAAGAAUGAAACCAGCACAAACUGCACAGAAAACUCAAAAGCAAAGGGACAAGCUGGGUAUCUGUCACAGGGUGUUAUCUGAUGGUUUUUCAGUGAGUUCAGACACUUGAGUGCAAUAGAAAUACAGUGAAUAAAAGGAACCUUGCUUGUUUGGCCCCAAACUGUUAAGGACUUAACAUAGGACAGCUGCUGGGUACUUGGGAGAUGCAAUUACAUGUAACAGGCUGGUUCUCACCUGCUGCCAGUCAGAAGGGCUGUCCCCGGCUCCUGCACCAUCACAAGCUACCAGUGCCUAUAGACAUGUGGAAAACAGCCUGUUACCAGUGAUGCAAUCUACAGCGUGACUCCAUCCACUCUAUAAAGGAAUAUUUAUUAUCCAAAGUAAAGACUCCAACUUGUGCAUUAAAGUGGACAGAGUUGGCCUUGUUCUGGAAGACUGCAGUCAACUCUCAAAAGACAUGUUAUGGAAAUGGGUAUCCAAUCGCCGUCUUUUCAACAUAGGCAGAAGUACCUGCCUAGGACUGAACAUCAGUGGACCAGAGCAGCCGUUAAGUAUGCUUGAAUGUGACUCAACCCAAUACUCUUUGUGGUGGAACUGUGAUGAAAAAGCAUUAGUUGGUGUAUCAGAGUACAGAUUAGCUGUUGAAAAUGACAGACAUGUUGUGGCCAAAAAAAAUUCUACAUAUCAAUGGAAACAGUACAUGUCCUAUGAUGAGGACCUUUGUGAACACCCAUUUCAAGAAACAUACACCUUGCUGGGAAAUUCUUUUGGUUUCCCAUGCAUUUUUCCAUUUAAAUAUAACAAAAAGUGGUAUUAUGAGUGUACCAGAGACGGAAAGGAAUUUGACUGGUGUGCCACAACAAGUCACUAUGAACAAGAUGAAAAAUGGGGGUUUUGCCCAAAGGCUGAGAGUGGCUGUGACGUUUUUUGGAAGAAGAAUCCUGACACGCACCUUUGCUACCAGUUCAACCUGGGGUCUGUGCUGCCCUGGCGUGAGGCACGGGCCACCUGUCAGCUGCAAGGAGGAGACCUGCUGAGCAUCGCUGACCCUGAAGAGCAGAACUACAUAAGUAACUUAAGCAGGCAGUUAAACACCAUGGACUUGAUGCUGUGGACAGGCCUGAAUCGUCUGGAGGAAGAUGCUGGCUGGCAGUGGUCAGAUGGAGCACCGCUAGCGUUUGUGAACUGGAGAGCAAAUGUCUCUAAUAACAGUUUUAGAGAAAAUCAUUGUGCAGUGAUUAAUUCAAAAAUGAAGUACGGCUGGCAAAGUUAUUUAUGUGAAUCUGGAUUGCCUUUUGUAUGCAAAAAAUAUUUAAAUAAGACAGAGUAUGAAACAUUAGAUACAUGGAGGUAUUAUGCUACUCGUUGUGAUGCUGGCUGGUACUCACACAAUCGCAACUGCUACAGGCUUCAUACAGAGGAGAAGAGCUGGAACGAGGCUUUUAUCUCAUGCCAAAGUGACAAGAGCGGGCUCAUUAGUAUAUCCUCCAUGGCAGAUGCAGAGCUGCUCCUUAACUUACUUGAAAGUGAAAAUGUAACUGAAACAUGGAUUGGGUUAUACAGUAAUAACACCCCAGUUGUUUUUGAGUGGUCAGACGGCACCCCAGUAAAAUUCUCUAACUGGCACAGGCAAGAACCUAACACCUAUCAAAGAACAGGACAACUCUGUGUUUCAGCUCAAGGACCUGCGGGACAUUGGAAAGUUAAAAAAUGUGAAGACAGAUCUUUCUACAUUUGCAAAAAGGCAGGGGAAUUUAAUCAUGUGUCUCCUGAGCUGGAAUCAGGUUGUCCAGAGGGAUGGGAAAGACAUGGUGGAUAUUGUUACAAAAUCGACAGUACCCCUCGAAGUUUUGAACAAGCUUCCAGUGGUUAUUUCUGCCCAUCUGCACUUGUAUCAGUAACAAACAGGUUUGAACAAGCUUUUAUCAACAGCAUGAUCCAUAGCAUGGUAAAAUCUGAGAGAACUUAUUUUUGGAUAGGAUUACAAGACCUUAACAACACAGGAGAAUACUUUUGGCUAAGUGCAGCAGGGAAGAAUCGCUCUGUGAGCUACACAAACUGGAACAAGUACCAGCCACGUCACUCUGGAGGAUGUGUGGCUAUGCGGGGGCAGCACCCUGUUGGUUACUGGGAGGUGAAAAGCUGUAAGAACUUUAAAGCAAUGUCACUGUGCAAGCAAAAAAUCAGUUCUUAUGAAGAACCUGAACUUACUUUUCAAAAACAUUUGAGUUCCUGCUAUUUUGGAUGGGAGUCAGAAGCUAAUUUGCUCAGCUGCUACAAGAUAUUUCACAAUGAGAAAGUUCUGAUGAGAAGAACAUGGGAUGAAGCAGAAGCAUUAUGCCAGGAUUUUGGAGCACAUCUUGCUAGUUUUAGCCAUAUCUAUGAAGAGACUUUUUUGAACAAUUUAUUAUAUACAAUUUUUGAUAGGACAGAAGAAAGACAAUUCUGGAUUGGAUUUAAUAAAAAAAACCCGCUUUCUGGAGGGACAUGGCAGUGGUCUGACAGAACACCUGUUGUAUCUUCAUUUCUGGAGAGCAAAUAUGUUGAAGAUGACUCAAGACACUGUGGUGUGUUCAAAGUAAACAGAACAGUCUUUCCAGCACACUGCAAUGAAAAACGUGAAUGGAUAUGCAAAAUACCAAAAGGUGUUAAACCAAAGAAUCCAAGUUGGUACAUAUCUGAACUGCCAUGGUCGUAUUAUCAAGGAGCAGAAUAUCUCUUCCAUGUCAGUCCUACGGACUGGGAAACCUAUGAGUUUGUCUGUAGCUGGCUUCACAGUGGAAUGGCAUCAAUAAAUUCUUCUGGUGAACAAGCCUUUAUUCAAAAUAAAAUUAAGAAGCUAUCGGAUAGCGAUGUUCACUGGUGGAUUGGACUGCAUGCAGAAAACCUCAGCGAUGAAUUUCGCUGGAGAGAUGAAUCACCAGUAACAUACCAGAACUGGAAUGAAGGGAGAGAGAGACAUCUGCAGAAACCAGGGAGACGAUGUGGCUUCAUUUCAUCACAAACAGGCCGCUGGGGUGACGAAAACUGUACCGUCUCUCUUCCCUGUAUUUGUAAGCGUAAUUUUGCAGUGAAAAUAGAGAAAGAGAUUCCAAAAGACCAAAACCAACACGGAACAUGUCCCAAAGGCUGGUUGCAAUUUGGAUUCAAAUGCUUUUUGAUACAAAUUCCAAAGGCUCCAGAGCAUCUGAGAAGCUGGUACUCUGCACAAGAGUUGUGCAGCAGCUAUGAUGGGUCACUUGCUUCCCCCAGAGAUGAACUGGAACAAGCUUUCAUAACAAUGAAUCUAUUUGGACAGAAAACCAGUGUUUGGAUAGGUUUACAGAGUGAUGAUUAUGAAAAAUGGCUGAAUGAAAAACCUUCGGUGUAUUCCAACUGGUCUCCAGUUGAAGUAGUGGAUAGACAGCGUUAUAACAGUGCAAACAUUGAUGAACAACUUCCACUAUGCACAUUGCUAUCAAAUAACCGUAAUUUUUAUUUUACGGGAAAAUGGUACUUAGAAAACUGUGAGAAAAAUUAUGGGUUUGUCUGCCAAAAGCCUCAGGACACAUCCAGAUAUGUCAUCAAUGCAUCAGAAAUGUACCCUGUGCCAGAUAAUUUAGAAUAUGGAAACAGAACGUAUAAACUAAUACGUGGGAAUUUUACAUGGCCUUCAGCUUUAAAAACCUGCAUGGCAAAUGGUGCGGAGUUGGUCAGCAUUGCAGACCAGUAUCACCAGGCUUUCCUCACGGUCAUUGUGAACCGGCUGGGGUAUGACCACUGGAUCGGGCUCUUCACUGCGGACAAUGGUCUCAGCUUUGAAUGGUCAGAUGGAACUAGGUCUUUGUUUACCUCCUGGGAAGACGACGAGUCCCAGGCCUUUGGCAGCUGUGUGUACAUGGACACUUCAGGGCACUGGAGAAGUGCCAGCUGCGAGCGACUUCUGCAAGGAGCAGUUUGCCAUGUGCCACCGAAAAAGAAACUCACUGCCUAUAAAGACUUGUGUUCAGAGAAAACUGUUCCCUGGAUCAAAUUCAAAAACAGUUGCUACAGCUUUUCCACAGUUCUGCAGGGCACAAGUUUUGAUACUGCAUAUGAAGUCUGCAAAAAUCAAAGAUCAAAUCUUCUAACUAUUCAAGAUGAAGAAGAAAAUGCCUUCAUUUUGGAAGAAUUGCACGGUUUUGGUUAUUCUAUACAAACGGUUUGGUUGAACAUCCUGCUUGUUACAGACAAUCAGACAGUCUCCUGGUUUGAUGGUUCCCCUUUUAUUUAUUCUAACUGGGGCAUCAGGGAGCCUGAAUUUGAUCAUCUCAAAGGGAAUUUCUGUGUCAGCCUGAGGACCGCAGAUGGAGUCUGGCAAUUAUCUCCAUGCAGAGAAAAAAAGGGAUUUGUGUGUAAAAUGGACGCAGAUAUCAAUGCUACAGAACCCUCUGAAAAUGCAUCAUACCAAGGGCUUGUAGCUCUGGCAGUUCUCGUGACAUUGGUGAUGCUCGCUGCCAUUUCCCUUUUUCUGUGGUGUCUGUACAAACAGAAUAACCAACUCUUCCACAGGAUACUAUGGGUCAGAAAUGCCUAUUUACCACAGAUUAACUCUGAUGGUCCUGCUUUGGAAGAAAGCAUCCUCAUUUCUGAUUUUGAGAGAAGUGACAACAAUUAAUUGAUCCAAAAUAGCAAGUGGUCACAUCUUCCAUGUGAAACUCCACAACCUACAGUAGUUUCUCCUUCUUGGCAGUCAUCUGGGGUACCCAUAUCCAGAGGAACCCUCGCAGCCGUGGGUAUGAAUGCCAUAGGGGCUCCCUGCCUUGGAGGACUUUUUCUCUGUGCAGGAUGAGAUGGGAAUGCAAGGCAGAACCAUGGAGAAAUUGGCUCCUUUGGGACAAGCCAGGAACUGAACAUACUCCCGCACCAUAAACCUUCAACUGCUCGCAUGGAGCAGUCAUGCCCAAGGCCCCAGAGCAGCAGAAAUUUUCAUGCAGAUUUUUAAUCUGGGAACAUUUGUGCUUUUGUGUUUUGUUUUUAUACAUUGCCAAAUCUGCUGAUGAGCCAGCAUUAAAAUGUAGCCUUGAAUUUAGGAACUCUGAAAUGUAUUCCAAGGAUUAUGAGGUAGAUUUUUUUUUUUUUGAUUCCUUCUGCAAAAUGAACAGUUAUUUUUCAGACAGUGGAUUCUUGCUGGGUGGAUUUCCAACCUUGAAAAGAGAUGAAGUCACUUUUGACUUAGGAGUGCCAGAGCUUUGGUAGUUUAGCCCAUGAUGCCUAGUUUAUGUUGUAAAAUAAAUUAGUCUAGAGAUAGAAUAUCAUGUGGGCUUUGUCAUCCUGAAGUUAAUAUAUUCAUUUGAGAUGCAUCCAGCGUCCUGUUAAAGAUUUAACCAUGUGAAGUCUCACCUAGGUUAUUUCAGAAAUGGAAUCCUAUCAACCUCUUUUAAAGACUUUUGGGCAAUGUUCAUUUGAAGAAAAAAAGCAUGUUAUAAAUCUAGCUGAAGUUAUGGUGAUAAAUUGCUUUACUGUUCACUUAGAGUAUUUCUGCAAGCAGUAUUCAUGUAUGCUUUUCUGACACCCUGCUCUCAAAAGCCAAGGACAAUACAUGGGAGAGCCACACUGCUCUUCCCAAAGGGUGCUAUAGUCCUAUAACCCCACAUAGCAGACCCUCAGAAGGUCGUUUUUCACUUCCAGUGUUUGUAUUAUGGUGCUAACAAAGGAGGUAAAUUUUGCUGACCAGUUGGUCUGCAGGCUGAUGGUUGUGAAGGACCCAGCUCAGGUCUCUGUGCUACCUCAGUUAUGGUGGCCCAGGACAGCAACGCUUACUCUCCAUGGGACUCCUACUACCCUAACCAGUCCUCCACCCAUGUCUCUAAAAAUACCUGGAAGAUUUUCAGGGAUUUUAUUUUUUAUUUUUCUUGCAGUGUGGAAAAACAAAUGGUUAGUCUGACAAGUUACUUCAGAAUGGACUUACUGUGUCUUCAGUCUCUAAAAGCUGCUGCAAAGGGCUACAUUUAUUGUUGGGUUUGUUGGUUUGCUUGUUUUAAGAUGACUCAUUCUAACGAUUUUGCAAGAGCCCUAAGAUGGAGGUAUGUUCCUCAGAAUUAAGCAAGCAGCUAAGGCCAAGUGAAAUGUUUUUACACAGUAUUUGUGCACAUGCAAAGGAAUGUAUGACUGCCCUUUAGUUAGAUUUCACAUGGCCAAUUCUAGAAACUAAAAUUGCCUGUUCCUGUUGUAAUUAUGUAUAGGGCUAUUUUUGAAAAUUAUUUCGUACAUAGAAUAUUUCUCUGCUGGUUUACAGAACCAUUCAAAAAUGUUUUCAGAGAGGCCGCAGAUGCUUUUGAUCCCAAUGUAACUUUCAUCUUAAUGUUUUUCAUAACUUCUGUGGGUGUAGCUAUCACAACUUCAUAAUCUGAGAAUUUUCUGUCAUAUAAAAUAUAAAUAUAUUUUCUGAAUAGACUUUCUAAUGGUUUCACCCCAUGCAUUAGUCUUCGGUGAUGGCUUAAAAAUUUUGGUUUAGUCCUCUAGAUUUUUCUAUGGGACUGUUUUGUAUGACAUCCACUACUAGAUUUUGUGGGCUGUGACUUUUGAGUACAAUUGGCAGAUAAUCUGCUUUUUAUAUGUAUGAACUGUGAUAGUUUCUUUACCACCAAGAAAAAAGACUGUGACUAUCUCUCCCUUUCCCAUGAGAAUGUCAUCUAUUUAAGAUGGAGUAGGAGGAACUUAAACCAACAAAUCCCCUUAUCACAUUCACUGACAAGGGUGUAAAUGCUGCCUUCUUACAGUACAGCAAGCAGAGGAGCUUGCAGGAAGUUUUUUGUAGGCGGGAGUAAGCUGUGUUGUCUCUGAGAACAUGUAUUUAUCAGGCUACAAUGCUGUUACUGGUUAUGCAGACUCUUGUCAGAUUUUGAUGUGGUUAAUGAAAUUUUAUUUUUUUCCGCAAAACUUGACACAGGCAUUUUAUCACAUUUUCUUUGUGUGUUGUAAUCAUUUAAAUGUAUUUGAAGGGUAAUGGUAUAAUAAAUAACUCUAACCUCAAAACAGUGAUUGUUGCUUAACAUUGACACUGAUUUAGAUGGUCUUGCAUUAAGGGAAAAAUAGUUCAAGCAGUAUUUUCUUCCCAUUUUGAAAUGGUUUAUAGGGAACAGACCCUUAAAUAUUUAUUUUAAAAUCUUUCACCAUUUAACUUUUACAAUUGCACUCAAUAAUGUAAUAGUUGAUUUUUUUUUCCAGUCUUCACUCUGGAAUUUGUUACCCAUAGCUUUCAAUUGUUUUCCCUUAAUCAGAGGUCUCCUUCACUGUUCCUGAUCCAAGUAUGUGGUGACUAUAUUUUUACUGCUGACCUUGAUGAUAUUGGCAAUGAGAUUCACUGUAUUAUUUCAACUGGAAAAUUAAAGUGUGAAUAAUAA